CCGAAAGGCAACGAAAAGACAAUAAAACACUGUCAAAUGCUGCCUCGAGAGAGCUAUGCCUUGUGGCUACGGGUCAAAUAUGUAGCUACCGGUAGCGCCUUGUCUGGCCUGCCUGGUAACAACGUUCAAGAUCUGUGCUGCUGAUUGUGCUUCGUUCGCAAAGACACGAGCAAACACUAUGGUGGAGUUGAAGAGCGUAAAAGCCUUCGCCGCCGUUCACGCAGUCUCAACAGGCCAGUGAUGAAGUGAAUAUUUCUUUGCCUCUCGACAUACAUGUAGUUCGCGAGAAGCUCUGUCGUCUUGCAACGUUGGGCUCUGUCAGCUGGCAAUGGUCACCCUUCGCUUGGCUUGCACCAUCCCCACCAUCAUUCCCGUUGCCCGCUCGACGUUAAAACCGUUUAACGUCUUUAGCAUUUGACGUACAUGUGCGUGGCAUUUCCACAUUUCUCGUCUGGGCCAUGGGUCUCUUGUUCUCGACGUGCGGCACGAGCGACGAUGGGACGCCACCUGGCGCGCUGCAUCCCUUUCGCUCGAUCCCAGACCACUACGAAACCUACGGCGAGCUUCAAGCUGCCCUUCGACGCGCAGGCCUCGAGUCGUCCAACUUGAUCGUCGCCAUCGACUACACCAAGUCGAACGAGUGGAGCGGCGAGCGCACCUUUCACGGCAAGAGUCUCCACGCCCUCGAUCCACGGGAGUUGAACCCGUACCAGGCUGUGAUCCAAAUCUUGGGCCGCACGCUGGAAGUGUUUGAUGACGACCGGUUGAUCCCAGCGUACGGCUUUGGCGAUAUCACGACGCAGGGCAGCAAGUGCUUCCCGCUCUCGCUGGCACCGAUUGAAGGCUUUGUCGAAGUACUCGCGCGCUACAACCAAGUGACGCCAAGCGUCAAGCUCUCCGGGCCGACAAACUUCGCCCCCGUGAUCCACGAAGCCAUCCGCAUCACGCGCGAGACGCAGGCGUACCACAUUCUCAUCAUCGUCGCCGACGGCCAAGUCACGAGCGAAAAAGAAACCACCGACGCGAUCGUCGAAGCGUCCAACUACCCGAUCUCCAUCGUGGUCGUCGGCGUCGGGGAUGGUCCUUGGGAUAUGAUGCACGAGUACGACGACCAGCUUCCGCGUCGUCGCUUUGACAACUUUCAAUUUGUCGAUUUUGCAAGCGUUCUCAAACUCAACGCCCGAAACCCGGACGUUGGUUUUGCCACGGCUGCUCUCAUGGAGAUCCCAGAGCAAUACAAGGCCAUUCGGCGUCUCGGGCUCCUGUGAUCGCGUCUUGGCCGACCGACUACCGUACAAUCAGGCCACUGUGGACCCAGCACUAAGUAAGGUCUAGUAUAAUGUCAUGUACAUCUUUCUCA